UCGCAAGGUAUCUUGGGUACUAAACAUCGUAUUCAAGAUGGCGGACGGCUCGGCCGGGUUCUAUUUCGACGAGCUGAAUAAAGUCAGAGUUUUAGAACCAGAGAUUAACACACAGACUCAAGAGCUGAAAGAAGAAUGCAAAGAGUUUGUGGACAAAAUCGCCGAGUUUCAGAAGAUUGUAGGAGGUUUCAUUGAAAUGGUGGAUGGUCUCGCCAAAGAAGUAGAGAAAGAAAAGAUGAAGGCGAUAGGAUCUAGAAAUCUCCUGAAGUCCAUCGCCAAGCAGAGAGAGGCGCAACAACAGCAGCUAAGAGCGCUUAUCGCAGAGAAGAAAACACAGUUAGAAAGGUUCCGACUGCAGCAUGAAGCCCUGCAAAAAGUAGAAAGUGAGCAAAAUGAAUUCAUUGAACAAUUCAUUCUACAGAAGUGAUCUGCUCACCACAUGAUCUCCUCGUUUUAAUUGAUGUAAAUACUGGAGCUGUAUAUUAUAAUUUAGAAUUAUGUUCUUCUUUGCAAGUCAUCUCAGUUUUGUUAAAUAAUGUGUACAGUUCAUAAGUAGAUCACAUUGGGUAUGACAGUUUUUCAUUUCACCUUGAAACAAAGGCCCUUUUUGACCUUGCUUUCUGAUUUCUCUAGUGUUUUGAGUGGCAAAUCCUAACUGAUGUGACUGUGGCUUUGGAAUUAUACCAAAGUUUUCAAACUUCUCAAUCAUCAGUUUGCUUAAAAAGUGUGACUCUAUCGAACCCACUAAACCAACCCAGGAUCAAACACUGAUUUACAUGGGUCAGGCAGAUUUUUGGGGCUAGGAGGCUUCUAGUCCCCCCUACAUUUCAAACAUUUUAUACAUUCUUUGUCAUUCAACCUUACUUUCUCAUAAUACAUUUUCACUUUUCCCCCUCUAUCUCCAAAAUAUGCUGCAUCAAACAGUUAUUCUGAGAUUUCUCCUGUAUGAUGUAUGAUCCUGAAAAAACAAAUGUUUUCAUGUAUAAUGAAUAAUGUAAUAAUCCAAAUAGGUAGUAAAAGCUGGUUAAUGUAAAUGCUGUGAAACAAUGUCAAACUUGUAAAUAAACUGCUGUUUGAAAGGCA